UUAAAUUUUUAAAAAAGACUAAUUAUGGGGAUUAAAUCAGGAGGAAGUCAUUUGGAUCGGCUUAUUUUGUUAUUAGAUACAGGAUCGACUCAAGUGAUACGGCAGACGGCAGCACAGCAACUUGGUAGUAUACAAAAAGAUCAUCCAUAUGAAUUAUAUAAUAUUUUCGAGAAACUUAUCCCUUAUAUAAGAUCUAAGUCAUGGGAUACUCGAACAGCUGCAGCUUUGGCAAUAAAUGCAGUUAUAAGACAGGUUCCUUUGUGGGAUCCAAAUAAAGAGGAUUUUAAACAUGAAAAUACGUUUAAAUUGCUUUUGAAAGAAGAGAAAUGCAGGGGGAUGUUUGAUGAUACAUUAAACACAGUUUUUUCUUUUGAGACAUUUGAUAUAUCUCUUGUUAUUAAAAAUGGAAGAAAGUUACUUGGAAGUGAUGGCAAAGAAUAUGAUUUUGAUUCUUCUGAUUUUUUUUCAGAGGAAAAUUUAUCAUUUCAAAAGAAAAAUCUUAUUUCAAGGCUUGGAUUUGGGGGAGAAUAUGUCGAUGAUAAUUUGUUUACAACAUCUGAUCUUACUCAAUCGAUUAAUGAUUCAUUUAAAUCUUCAGAACAGGAAUUUAUUUCAUCUAUAACAAACAAUACUACUCUUAGUGCUAGACAAAGAAAUGUUAUGAAAAGAAAAGCCAAAAAUAAUGCAAAGAAUACUAGAACCAAUAAAAUCUGUAUAACUAGUGUUCCAACUAAUGUUAAAACUGAGAAGUCAGAAGAUAUUGUUCCUCCUGAGUUACCAACAAUUAUAAAACAAGAGAAUUCAUCUGAAUCUAAUUUAUUAAAGUCACAAGUAGAGGGAUCCUGUACUGUUAUUGAGAACGAGUCGUCAUCUAUAAUAAAAAAUUUAACUGAAAGUUUGGAAUGGCCGUUUAAAAAAAUUGCUGAACUACUAAAAAUAGAUUUAUUUCAUCCUCAAUGGGAAAUACGUCAUGGUGCAGCAAUGGGUCUGUUAGAGAUUAUUAAAAUUCAUGGAAAAGGUGCUGGUCGUGUUGUAGGAUUAUCAAGAACUGAAAAUAAUAAGAAAAAUAAGAUUUGGCUUGACGACAUCGCUUGUAAAUUGACCUGCAUUUUUGCUUUAGAUUAUUUUGGUGAUUAUAUAUCUGAUCAAGUAGUUGCACCUAUUAGAGAAUCUGUUUCUCAAAUACUUGCUGCUUUACUUAUACAUGUAGACUCAGAAUCUGUAAAAGCAGUAUAUAAAAUACUUUAUCGUCUAGUAUUUCAACAAGACAUAGGUAUUGAAAAUCCAAUUUGGGAGGUUGCACAUGGUGGAAUGCUUGGUCUGAAAUAUCUUGUGGCAGUGCGUAAAGAUGUUGUUUUUGAGUCUAAUGAAAUGUUUGAUGGUGUUGUCCAGGCUGUUCUAUAUGGUUUAAAAAACUAUGAUGAUGAUGUUAGAUCUGUUUCUGCUUCUAUUCUUUCUCCAAUUGCUCUGGAAUUUGUUGAAAAUAAACUUGAGGCAGUGAGUGAUUUAAUUAAGACUCUUUGGAUAUGUUUUUCUGAUCUUCGGGACGAUUUAAGUAUAAGUGUUGCGAAUAUUAUGGAUUUGCUUUCUAAAUUAUGUUCAUUUCCCAAAGUCAUUGAUAUUAUGAAAAGAAAUGCUAUAUUGAAUCAAAGUCAAUCAUUCUAUUUUCUUGUUCCUAAAUUGUUUCCAUUUUUACGGCAUACAAUUACAAAUGUUCGAAAAGCAGUUAUUAAAGCCCUUCUGACACUUUGUAAUCUUGAAAAUGAUAAAUUUGAAAGUUGGAUAGACGGAAAAGCGUUAAGACUUAUUUUUCAAAAUAUGCUUGUUGAACAAAAUAUCGAGGUUUUAAAUUUGACUUUAGAAUUAUGGAAUACAAUUGUUUCGUUAAUAAAAUCUGAUUCUGAUAGUCUUCGAUUUUAUGUACAAUAUUCAUCUCAUUUGUUGCCAACUACUGAACUUUUAAUGACACCAAUAGGAGUACCACGUCAUCCAUAUGCUAUGGAUGUUCCGUUUUUGUUGCCUUUUGGGGAUUCUGAUUCAUCUGUUAAUUUUUCUAAUGAAAAUUUUAUAAAAUCUAAUGUGAAUUUAAGAAAAAAACAGGAUAAAAACCAUGAGAGUAUUAUUUUUUAUAAUAUAGAUAAGCCUAUGAUACAAGGAGAUAUUGAUCUCCUUGGAACUGAAGUUAUUAUUCAAUCAAGAUUAAUAUCUGCUAAGGCUUUAGGAUUUUUGAUUUCUCGGUUUCCAAAAGAUAAGAUAAAUGAGAUUAUAAAUUAUUUAUUAAAUUAUUUUCUAUCUCCUUUUUCAACUCCUAGGUUUCUGACAGCUAUAGUAUUCCAAAGUUUUUGUGAAAAUAUUGGAGACAAAACAGAAUUUUUGGCAUUAAUUCAUGAAAAGUUUAUAAAUAUUCUUAAUGAUCCUCUUCCAAGCAUGUUUGCAAAUCUCGUACCAUAUAUGAGGAUUGUUCGUAGUCAAUGUUGUGUUUUAUGUAAUACUUUUAUUGGAGAUGGUAAUUUGGAUCCAUCAGAUAUUCCGUAUAUUUCUACAGAAAUUCAAGGGGAGGUUAAUGCAAGUCUGGAUGCAUUUAGUUUAAAGGAUGCUGAGAAAUUAAUUGAAGAUGAUUUUAAUAGAUUACAAGAUAUGAUUUUACCUUCGUAUAGAACAAAGGCGUCUAAAGUUCUUAUGGAAGUUCAAAAGUCUGCUAAAGAUGCUAUUAAAGUUGUUAAAAAUGCAAAGUUUUUAAGUGACGUCCAAAUUAUGGCAGCAAUAGCAUGUACGCUUGUAUCAACUAAAGAAUUACCUAAAAAAUUAAAUCCUGUUAUUAGAGCAAUUAUGGAUAGUAUAAAGAAUGAAGAGAGCCUGGUAUUACAGACACAUUCUGCUGAAUCGUUGACACGUUUGGUUGAUUUAUGUAUAUUGUCACAUCCUAAUGUUAUAGAUAAAUUAAUUAGUAAUUUAUGUACAUUUCUUUGUCUUGAUACAUCUGAGAUACCUGAAUUUUAUUGUAAUAGAGCACUUCAGAAAUGCAUUUUAUCCUUGAAAAAAGAGGAAGAUAAUCAAUGCUUAAAGGAAAUACUUUAUGAAAAAAAUUCGGAAGUUCAUAUUAAAAAAAAUGGUGCAAAGUUGGUUUUAAUCAACAUAGUUAAAACUUUUGGUGAAAAUUUAUUUGAAAAAAUACCAAAAUUAUAUGCAUGUAUGUUCAAGUCUAUAGAAUUUGCAUUCAAAGAAGGUUUUGAUUUUCCUAAGGAUAUUACUGAGAGAAGUUCUAUCCUUGGGCAAAAUAUUAUAGAUGGAUUAUCAAUUUUGAGAAUUUUGGUUUCAUAUUUUAAUAAAUCUUUGUAUCCUGUGGUUAUUGAGCAUUUUAAUAUUAUAUUGAGAGCUCUUCAAUCUGAAUUUUCUGUUAUUCGUUAUGCUGCAGCAAGGUGCCUUGCUGUUAUUUGUAAUGUAAUUACUGUCGAGGGAAUGAAUGAAGUUAUUUUGCAUGCUUUACCUCUUUUAAAAGAUGCGGAUAAUGUAAUAAAAAGACAAGGGGCAGUUGAAUUAAUUUAUCAUCUCGUUCAGAUAAUGGAUGCGAAUAUCUUGCCAUAUGUUAUAUUUUUUAUAAUUCCAAUAUUAGCUCGUAUGAAUGAUUCAGAUAAUGACAUUAGGGUAUUUGCAACAUCUACUUUUGCUGCUUUAGUUAAGCUUGUUCCAUUAGAGUCUGGCAUACCAAAUCCUCCUGGAAUUUCUGACGAACUUUUAAAAAAUCGAGAUUCUGAACGAAAGUUUAUAUCACAAAUUUUAGAUGGCAGCAAAUUAGAGCCUUUUUCUGUUCCUUCAUGUAUUAAGGCCACAUUGAGAAAAUAUCAGCAGGAAGGUGUUAAUUGGUUAGCUUUUUUAAAUAGAUAUCAGUUACAUGGCAUUCUUUGUGAUGAUAUGGGUCUUGGAAAAACAUUGCAAUCAAUUUGUAUUAUAUCUAGUGAUCAUUUUUUUAAAAAUGAGGAGUAUGUUUCAAAAAAUAUUGAUAUUCGACUUAUUCCUUCUCUAAUAAUCUGUCCUUCUACUUUAUUAAGGCAUUGGCAGCAUGAAUUUUCAACUUAUGCGCCAUUUAUGAGAAUUCUUAUUUAUGUUGGAAAUCUUUCUGAGCGUAUGAAACUUAGGAAUUCUUUUGAAAAAUAUGAUGUUGUUGUUACUUCGUAUGAUAUUUGUCGCAAUGAUAGUGAGGAAUUCUCUAAGAGAAAUUGGAAUUAUUGUGUUUUAGAUGAAGGGCAUAUUAUAAAGAAUGCAAAAGCAAAGCUUACUAAAGCGAUUAAACUUAUUAAAGCAAAUUAUAGAUUAAUUUUAUCAGGAACUCCUAUACAAAAUAACGUUUUAGAGCUUUGGUCUUUAUUUGACUUUCUUAUGCCAGGAUUUUUAGGAACACAGAAGAGCUUUCAUGAAAAAUUUGCAAAACCUAUAGCUGUUAGCCGUGAUAGCAAAGUUUCUUCUCGCGAACAAGAAGCAGGUGCUCUUGCUCUUGAGUCUUUACAUAAACAAGUUCUUCCAUUUCUUUUAAGACGGCUAAAAGAAGAUGUUCUUGAUGAUUUGCCUCCUAAAAUUAUACAAGACUAUCAUUGUGAUUUAAGUCCUAUUCAAAGACAGCUUUAUGAAGAUUUUGCUAGAACUCAAGUUUCAGAAGUUAUAAAACAUUUGAAAGGAGAAAAAAUAGGGAAAAAGUCUCAUAUAUUCCAGGCCCUUCAAUAUAUGAGAAAAUUGUGUAAUUCUCCUGCAUUGGUUUUAAAUAGUAAACAUCCACAAUAUGAAAAAAUUAAUUUACAAUUGCGACAACAAAAUUCAACUAUUUAUGAUAUUGAACAUUCACCAAAAUUAAUUGCGCUUAGGGAUUUGCUUUUAGAUUGCGGAAUAUGUAUGAAUGAUGAUACUUUAGGUAUACAAGUUAAUCAACAUCGUGCUCUUAUUUUUUGUCAAUUUAAAGACAUGUUGAAUAUGAUUGAAGAUCAGGUGUUUAAAAAAUUACUUCCUAAUGUAUCAUAUGUGAGACUUGAUGGAGAUAUAGACUUGAAACAAAGAUACGAAAUUGUUCAAAAGUUUAAUUCGGACUCUUCAAUAGACGUUAUGUUACUUACCACUAAUGUUGGAGGUUUAGGACUCAACUUAACUGGCGCAGACACUGUAAUAUUUGUAGAACAUGAUUGGAACCCUAUGAAGGAUCUUCAAGCAAUGGAUAGGGCUCAUAGAAUAGGACAAAAAAAUGUUGUUAAUGUAUAUCGUUUAAUAACUAAAGAGACUCUAGAAGAAAAAAUUAUGAGUUUACAAAGAUUUAAAUUAAAUAUAGCAUCUUCUGUGAUUAAUCAGCAAAAUUUCGGUUUGUCUACUAUGAAUACUGAUCAAAUACUUGAUCUUUUUAUUACAACUCAAGAAGAGCAAGCUUCUGAUUCUCAAUCUGCUAAUAAACAGAGCAUAUUGGAUAGUGAAGGAAACUUAUUGCAAAAAAACCAGAAAAAUAUUAUUGAAAAUUUAAAUGAUCUUUGGGAUCCAGCACAAUAUGAAGAAUUAUAUGAUUUAGAUGAAUUUAUAUUAUCGUUGCCACCUAUUGAUAAAUAGUUGUUGGUUUUUAUAUUAACUUCUAUAAUUGCUAUAUAAUAUAUAAUGAUAAUAUAAG